AUGGCAAUCUUGGACUGGGCAAUAUUCGAUGAAAUCCGGCGCAUGAAUGUGCGCCAGGUGCUGUACCAGAUCCUGAACUUCGCGAUGGUGGUCUCGUCAGCGUUGAUGAUCUGGAAAGGCUUGAUGUUUGCGUUGAUUAUUGACAAAACCGUCCUAGGAUCGAUGGAGCCCGCCUUUUUCCGCGGCGACUUGCUGAUGUUGACGAACAAUCAGGAAGACCCUGUGCGAGCUGGAGACAUCACCGUAUUCAAGAUCGAUGGAAGGGAUAUUCCGAUUGUCCAUCGCGUUAUUAAGGUCCACGAGAAAACGGCUCACGACACAAAGAUUCUGACGAAGGGCGAUAAUAAUCAGGUAGAUGAUCGCGGCCUAUACGCUCCGGGUCAAGUCUGGCUGAACAGAACCGAUAUCGUUGGACGCGCGAAGGGCAUCGUUCCAUACGUGGGCAUGGUGACGAUCUUGAUGAACGACUACCCCAAGCUAAAAUAUGCCGUGCUAGGUGCCCUCGCACUAUUCGUCAUUCUUCACCGAGAACAA